AUGGCCGAGAUGCAGGCCACCCCGUCGAUCGUGAGCAACGAGUUGACCCGCACAUAUCUGCUGCAGGCCUGGACCCGUUGCUGCACGUGUCUGGGCCACGACUUCGCUCCUUAUCUCCCGCUCAUCAUGCCUACUCUGCUAGAGGCGGCCACGCAACAGGCCGAGUUUGAAGUGGACCCGACGACUCUAUCCAGCGACGACGACGAGGACGAAAGCGGCGGGUCCACGGACAGUGAAGACAUUCAACUGGCCCAAGCUAACGACAAGUGUCUGAGUGUCCGUACGUCCAUCUUAGAGGAGAAGGCCACGGCCUGUCAACUGCUGGCCGGCAUGGUGGCCGACCUUGAAGAUGCCUUCUUUCCUUACGCCAUACAGGUGACUCAAUGCGUGGCCAUCUCCACUGGUGUUUCGGCCAAGGACCACAGUGACGUGGCCAUCAAGCAGAUGGUAGACUUCGCUCUCGGUCGACUAGUUAACGCACUGACAUCUGAGCCCGAAGUGGAUCUGGUUGUGAGUAUCAUGCAGAGUAUGACUAGCUGUCUGGCCGACGCACGUUCGGUACACUCGACGCUGGAACUUAACGAAGCGCAGUUAAGUGAGCUAGUGCACGGCCUACUCGUCGUGCUAGGCGACAGCUUCCAGCGUCGCGCGAUUCUCCAGUGA